AUGGCCUGCGAGAUUAGCUCAAACAAACGAAUCUCAUGUACAUUAGUCUUUCGUAAUCGAUUUCACUAUAUUCACCCCCCUUAUCUGUCUCUCUGUCUAACUCAAUCUCUUCACAUCUAUCUAUCUAUCUAUCUAUCUAUCUAUCUAUCUAUCUAUCUAUCUAUCUAUCUAUCUAUCUCAGUCUCUUCAUAUCUAUCUUCAUUAUCUAUUCAUCUAUUCAUCUAUCUAUCUACUCUAUCUAUCUAUCUAUCAAUCUCAGUCUCUUCAUCUCUAUCUAUCUAUCUAUCUAUCUAUCUAUCUAUCUAUCUAUCUAUCUCAUCUCUUCUAUCUCAGUCUCUUCAUCUAUCUAUCUAUCUAUCUAUCUAUCUAUCUAUCUAUCUAUCUAUCUCAGUCUCUUCAUUAUCUAUCUUCAUCUAUCUAUCUAUCUAUCUAUCUAUCUAUCUAUCUCAGUCUCUUCAUAUCUAUCUAUCUAUCUAUCUAUCUAUCUAUCUAUCUAUCUAUCUAUCUAUCUAUCUCAGUCCCUUCAUCUCUAUCUAUCUAUCUAUCUAUCUAUCAUCUAUCUAUCUAUCUAUUCAUUCAUCUAUCUAUCUAUCUAUCUCAUCUAUCUUCUCUAUCAGUUCUUCAUUAUCUAUCUAUCUAUCUAUCAAUCUCAUAUCUCUUCUAUCUAUCUAUCUAUCUAUCUAUCUAUCUAUCUAUCUCAAUUUCAUGAAAUGUUUGUCCCACUUGAUAAAAAUUGACCCAUUUGAUCCAUAUCAACUUUUUGAGGUUGAUCAUACAGCAUGUUUGUUGAUACACGUAACUGUUCUCGAUGCGCAAAAUGUUACAAAAGGAUGGGCCUCAGAUUUCCUCGACACACCAGAUCCAUACAUCGAGUUACGAAUUCGAACGGCCCCCGACGGAAAGAAACGAACGCGAACGAUAGACAACGACACGAACCCGAACUGGAACGAGUCGUUCACAUUUCUACAUGAUCCCAGAUUGGAAUGUAAAUUGGAAAUCUCUUUAAUGGAGGCAAAUUACACCAGUGACCAAGUUUUGGGCACAGAAAUUAUCAACUGUCAUGAACUAGAAUACGACAAAUUGCAGAAAAGGACACUUACAUUUAAUGAGAAAACAAAACUCAGGAUUGAAAUAAAACUUGAAUACAACUCCAACCCCGAUCUAAGAUAUAGUCUGUGCAUUCCAGACGAAGAAAAAUACUUUUUAAACAACCGGAAGUGUCGUGUAUAUGAAUCGAUGUGUAACUUACUUGACGAAGAAGGCCCGCAGAGUCUUAAUGAGGUUCCUAAUAUUGCCGUCAUCGGAUCUGGGGGAGGUUUUCGUGCCAUGGUCGGAUUUAGUGGCGUCAUAAACGCUUUAUACAAAAGCAAAUUAUUGGACUGUGUUACUUAUGUCGGCGGAUUAUCGGGAUCAACGUGGUAUUUGUCGACGUUGUACUCGCAUUCAAAAUGGCCAUAUAUUCAACCAGAGAAAGUUCAGGAGGAAAUGAAAUAUAACAUCGACUCGAGUCUCCUUUGGCUUCUGAAACCGCAGAGCAUUUACCGCUACUUAGACAGGAUCCUCCACAAAAAGCAAAAUGGCCAGCCAGUCAGUUUCACAGAUUUUUUUGGUCACAUGGUCGGCGAAACGAUACUGAAAGGGAGACUUGAAAGCAAAUUGAGUGACCAACAGGAAAAAAUUGUCUCAGGUGACGUACCUAUGCCACUGUACACAUGCGUCCAUGUAAAGAAAGAUGUAUCCGCUAAAUCCUUCCAAGGGUCGGUUUACAUCCCCGAAGGGGACUCCGCCCUUCGGAGUAGCCUCCUUCGGGUUCCUCACCGCCCAAAGGCAGAGAGUUCAACCGAUCAGCCGGUCGACCGAGAUCGAACUACUGACUGA